CUCAGCGGGACAGGCACCAUCUCUGGAUAGAAGGAAUGGGUGAUGUUUCGGGUCGAGACCUUUCUUCAGACUGUCUCGACCCGAAACAUCGCCCAUUCCUUCUCUCCAGAGAUUCUGCCUUCCCUGCUGAGUUACUCCAGCUCUUUGUGUAUAUGUCUUCGGGUUAAACCAGCAUCCGCAGUUCCUUCCUACACAAGAGGAAUAGAAAGUGGCCACGGGAUCGGGAUUGCCCAUUAUGGUGGUUGUGGCGAUGCGUCCAACCGAGCGAGACUCUGUUGAAUAAUCUGCACUUAGAAACCUGGCCAGUGGGAGCGCAGCAGCUCAACGGAGGAAGUGACUGCACACAGUUGAUAAGUGUUACUCGGUUACUCCACUGGUGCAAACUGUCCUUCUUACAGCCUUGGUUGUACUAUUCGUCUAUCUCAGGACAGCCAUCAAGUGUGUACCGAAGGAUUAUUAAUCUGCAGCCAACCUCUCUCUGUGGCAAUCAGCUAACAGUGCCUGAAUGAAUUCCAGUGAGCAACAGCUUUCCUUUGUAACAAAAGAGAACACCCUGCUGCCUAUCUACCCACAGGCUUCUGCCCUCCCCACACAAAAGUGAGGACAUGGAGACAUUCUUCAAAAGACAUUUCAGGAAAGCAAAACCCGCCACAUCUGGUUUCAAGCUGCCGAACGGUGGCAGGCGGACAAAUAGGCGUGCGAGUGGGGCAGUGCCGGGCAGUAAAGUGAGGCGGCGAUCAAGUGUGGGAUUGCCCUCGGCCAUGCUGGUGCAGAGGCGGCGGUCCAGUGUGCAGACGCAGGGCCCGGUCCUUCACUUGGCCCGGUCGGGGAGUGCAGCCCCCAAAAGCAUCAGAACCCGCCGGAGAUCCAGCACCACCGCCCUUCACCUCAACCCCCGGUUUGCCGUCAAGAGGAGGUAUGGCGGCAAACUGCGAACCAUUGACACCCAACUGCUGGGGCCAUCCAUGCUGCUGGCCAGUUUGAUUCAGAUGACCGAGGAAGAAGAGGGUGAAGCUGAUGGAGAUGAUGAGGCCUGUGCCACAGGGGUAGACAUCAGCCUUGGCCUCAAUGAAGGCAGGCACUCUUCAGGAGAGUCGGAUGUCUCUGAAUCGUCAUCCUCAUGUGGUCGUUUGAGUGAACUGGAGCAGGCGAAUGGCACGUUGGGCAGUGGAACAUCUUCUCAAAUUUCAGAGGCCUUUCAACCUUUGCAGUGCAGGCCAAACUACACCAAGCCUUUUAUCAGGGCUCCCCGAUGUUUGAGGCGGAACUCUUCCCAAGGCCCCACUGGGGAGUUGCCUUCCCUCGGACAGUGCGGGAAUUACAGGACGAUGGGCCGGCGCUCCAGCGGGUGCCGGGUGCAGGCAGCAGCCGACAAACCUGCCGCACUGCAGGCGGCCCGAGCUGGGAGCAGGCGGCCCUCACUCAACGUCAGGAGGAUAUCCUGCACUUAUCCCCCGCCACGCUGGAGGCACGGCAUGCGUAGAAACUCCCUCAACCUGAUGCACAGGAAAUACCCGGCUAAGCGCACAGCAUGGAGCAACUUCCUGUCAAAAGCUAUCGCAAAAUCAGGCCUGCAGCACCUGGUAACUCAACCAAACCCAAGCACAGUCCUUCGGCAUGAUGCAGACCGUGAGGUGCGCAGCACCGUGGAUUGGAUGGAGAAUGCACUGUAUGGCGAGCACGUCUGGUUUGAGACCAAUGUAUCUGGAGACUUCUGCUAUGCUGGGGAACAAAACUGUAUUGCAAAAUUGCUGCAGAGGUCGGUGUCACGGAAGAAAUGUGCUGCUUGCAAGAUAGUGGUUCACACAGUCUGUAUUGAGCAUCUAGAGAAAAUAAAUUUUCGGUGUAAACCAACAUUCCGGGAAUCUGGAUCACGUAAUGUUCGAGAGCCCACGUUUGUCCGGCACCAUUGGGUUCAUCGGAGGCGGCAGGAUGGGAAGUGCAAGCAGUGUGGCAAGGGUUUCCAGCAGAAGUUUUCCUUCCACAGUAAAGAAAUUGUAGCUAUCAGCUGUUCCUGGUGUAAGCAAGCAUAUCAUAACAAGGUGACGUGCUUCAUGCUGCAACAGAUCGAGGAGCCCUGUACACUGGGCGCCCAUGCUGCUGUGAUCAUUCCGCCAACUUGGAUCAUUCGGCCGAGACGGGUUCAGAAUUCACUGAAAUCAAGUAAAAAGAAAAAGCGGACCUCAUUUAAGCGGAAGUCGAGCAAGAAGGGAGCUGAGGAAGGAAGAUGGAAGCCCUUUAUCAUAAAGCCCAUCCCAUCGUCGCUGAUGAAGCCGUUGUUAGUGUUUGUCAAUCCCAAGAGUGGGGGUAAUCAGGGGGCGAAGAUUAUCCAGUCAUUCAUGUGGUAUCUGAAUCCAAGACAGGUGUUUGACAUGUGUCAUGGAAAUCCUAAGGAUGCGUUAGAACUAUACCGAAAGGUGCAGAAUUUACGAAUUUUGGCCUGUGGCGGUGAUGGCACUGUGGGAUGGAUUCUUUCCAUUUUGGAUCAAUUACAGCUGAACCCUCCGCCUCCUGUAGCAGUACUUCCCCUGGGAACAGGAAAUGACCUGGCAAGGACCCUAAAUUGGGGCGGGGGAUAUACAGAUGAGCCCGUUUCCAAGAUCCUGUCCCAUGUGGAAGAUGGGAACAUCGUGCAGCUGGACCGAUGGAAUCUGUUUGUGGAAAGAAAUGCAGACGCAGUCCCAGAUGAGCGAGAUGAAACAGCAGCUGAAAGGCUACCACUUGAUGUCUUCAACAACUACUUCAGCCUUGGCUUUGAUGCCCACGUAACUCUCGAGUUUCACGAGUCCAGAGAGGCUAAACCAGAGAAAUUUAGCAGUCGAUUUUGGAAUAAAGUGUUCUACGCUGGGACAGCAGUUUCGGAUUUCUUAACGGGAAGUUCUAAAGAUUUAGCCAAGCACAUCAAAGUGGUGUGUGAUGGAUCGGAUCUGACAUCAAAGAUUCAAGACUUAAAACUACAGUGCAUUGUCUUCCUGAACAUUCCAAGGUACUGUGCUGGCACGGUGCCGUGGGGAAAUCCCGGUGAACACCAUGAUUUUGAGCCACAGCGCCAUGACGACGGGUGCAUUGAGGUGAUUGGCUUCACCAUGGCAUCAUUGGCUGCUCUGCAAGUCGGUGGACACGGAGAACGUCUCCACCAGUGCCGCGAAGUGACGCUAACGACAUACAAGCCAAUACCAAUGCAGGUGGAUGGGGAACCUUGCAAGCUUGCACCGUCCAUCAUUCGGAUCUCAUUACGGAACCAGGCCAACAUGGUCCAGAAGACCAAGAGGAGGACAUCUAUUCCACUACUCAAUGAUCAGCAGAUGAUAUCUGAAAGCGUGAAGAUAUGUGUGAAUCGGAUCAGCAUGCACGACUACGAAGCAUUGCAUUACGACAAGGAGAAGCUGAAGGAAGCCUCUGUGCCUUUGGGCAUCAUCGUCAUCCCUGGGGAUAGUAACCUGGAGAUCUGCCGCACUCACAUCGAGAGGCUUCAGGAGGACUUCCCCCUGGUCCAUCCCCCGCUCCAGCAUCUGAUGCUGCAGGAGGACAAUGGCAACAAGUCGAGAACCUUGUCUUCACAGAAGCUGUCUCCAAAAUGGUGUUUUCUGGACUCCACAACUGCUGAUCGGUUUUACAGAAUCGAUAGAGCACAGGAGCACUUGCACUACGUGACUGAAAUUUCCCAAGAUGAACUCUACAUCCUGGACCCCGAGCUUGUAAUCACAGAGACGGUGGCAACCUCCCCAGGAAUGCCCGAUUUAGUCGACUCAUCUGACUCCUUCAUCUUCCCAUCCUCUUCUUCACCGCCGCUCUCACCUAUCCCCAGCCCCACUAGCCCUCACUCUGACAGUGAAGCCCUCACCAGAUGCCACAAGAAGUCUUUCUUCUCCUCACACUCUGGCUUCCCCUUUCCUGUGAAAAAGAGAAUUCUGGAUUUGCAGAAAACCACCCAGAGGAAGCGUAUUUCCAGCGACAGUUCGGUUGCUGAGGCUCUCGCUCACAGUGAAUCGCUCAGAGUCUCAAAGCCCUUGCUCAGCAGGACAGAUGCAAAGGUAGUCAGUGUACAUCGAUCGAAUACCACAGCAGCUGACUUUAAGCCAACGUCCAAACCGUCCACGACGCAGGGUCCAUCGGCAGCUCAGCCGGCAACAAUGUCAAGACCUGAAAAUACCACCACACCGAGCGCAAGUGGAGUAGAUGAGAACCUUCUUCAUGCAGUAAAGAACGGUGACCUACAGCAGUUACAAGAGUUGCAAAAGUCAGGCGCUGAUCUACUGGUGCGAGAUUCUUUAGGACGGACCUUACUGCACCAUGCUGUCAGCGAGGGAAACAAAGAGAUUGUGAAAUACAUCAUUGACAAUGCCUCUUCAGAAAUCCUAGAUUUAACAGAGAAAGAGAAUGGUGAGACAGUCCUACACAAAGCAGCUGCUCUCCGACAUCGAACCAUCUGCCAUCUCCUUGUGGAGGCUGGAGCAUCCCUGAUGAAGACAGACUUACAGGGGGACACGCCAAAAAACAAAGCUGAGAAAGCUCUGGACCUGGAGUUGGCAGCGUACCUGGAGAACCGGCAGCACUACCAGAUGAUUCAGCGCGAGGAUCAGGAGACGGCGGUGUAACCUCCUGCGAGCAGAUGAUGGGGAAUCCCUCCCCCUCUCCCACCAUCUAUCUCCUCCCACCACCUUACCCCACCUCAACCCGCACCGUCCCAGACCCUGCAUGCCUGCUGCCGUUUAUGACAGCAUAGGUUGUUGGCAACUCGAAUCUCAGACGUGUCUGUGAAUGUCGGUGUUUAUUGUUACCCGACCCCCUUUCCUUCCCCUCCACUCAUACCAAAACUGGAGCACGGAAGUCAAAACUAAAAAAAUGGCAUUGUUGCAUUUACUACUAGCGAGCAGAAGUUCAGUGGUGGUGGCAUUCCGACAAGCUGUAUCUCGCCGAUGCAAUGAGUGGAUAAGGUCAACGGAUUUAAUGAAGUUGGAGAGCCUUGGUCAUCUAUCAGCAUUCACGUUAACUUUGCUUAAAUUGCUCGUUACACAUUGAUAACCAAUAGCCCAUGCAGCUUUAUGUUCUGCUGUUGUCAUUGCUGGAGUGGUAGCAGAGGUAACAUAUCGGGCUGCAAAGUGAAUGCUCACUGCUUGGUAAAAGGGCACAUGUAUCCUAGUGCAAGCUUAAACGGUUUACAUGGAAUCUGAUAGCUCAGUGGCUGCAUUUUGCGAAAAGAGAACUAUGUGGAAAAGUAUUCUAUUUUGUACACAUUGGAACGUCUGGUUGAGAUGCUAUGUAAUGUUAACUCAAGCAAAGUCUCCUGCAAGCAGUGUGGAAGACCAUCUUUUCAGGGGUUCUGUCAUGUUUAUGGUGGGUUUGGCAUGUGAGCGAUGUUGCAUCCAAUGUCCGCUCAUGGUGACUGGGGUACAAGGUCGAGGACAGGAGGACAGGAGGACGUGGUCCAUCCCCAGUGCUAGAGAGCACGGAGAGAGUCGGAUGUAAAGAGUGGCUGCUUUUUUUCUCAACAUCCAGGCUGUAACUAGCAAGUUGAUGUACUGCUGAGGGAUAGAGACAGACAUUUAAUAAGCACCCUUGAGCACAAUUGAUUUUAUUUGUUUUAAGUGAAACACUGUUCUUUUUGUUUACUUUUACUAGGGCAUUUUAGGAAAAAAGGAUUCAAAUGUGUUGAACACAAAUUUCGGAACGGUUUUUAGCAAUCUGCAGUCACAAUGCAUGGAGCCCUUAAGUGGAUGGAAUAAGGAAAUAGUUGUGUCCCAUCCAAUGUACAAACAUUCAAGGCUAUUUCAGGUUGGCACCAAGGUCUUUACUGAGACUUUGCUCAGAGGAAGAUUCAAUUUCUCAGCUACUGUCACUCUCAGUCAACUGAGAGGUGAUGGUCCAUGCCUGCCAGUCCCCACUGACCGGGCUGGUCCCAGGUUGCAGUGGCAGUCCGUGCCGUCAGCUACUGAGCUGGGCUAAAUGAGGGCUUCAGAGUCACAGAGGAAGGAACUGAUCAAAACAGCCAAGCUUUCUAUCCCUGGGCCUCCACAGCACCAACUGCUUGCUGAGUUUAGACGUGCAACUCGAAGGGAAUGCAGACUUCAUCCAAACAAACAGAAUAUUUCAUUGUAGACAGACACAAAAAGCUGGAGUAACUCAGCGGGACAGGCAGCAUCUCUGGAGAGAAGGAAGGGGUGACGUUUCACGUCGAGACCCUUCUUCGGACUGGUUAAGGAUAAGGGAAACGAGAGAUAUAGAUGGUGACAUGGAGAGAUAAAGAACAAUGAAUGAAAGAUAUGCAAAAAAGUAACUAUGAUAAAGGAAAGGCCAAUCUGAAGAAGGACCUCGACCUGAAACGUCACACAUUCCUUCUCUCCAGAGAUGCUGCCUGUCCCGCUGAGUUACUCCAGCUUUUUGUGUCUAUCUUUGGUUUAAAUCAGCAUCUGCAGAUCCUUCUUACAUAUUUCAUAAAAUGCCUGUGUGGCUGCGAUUAAACUGUGUAUCAGGGCAAUCUUUCACAUGGCUUUUGUCAUUCUGCGAUCUCAUUCUGCAGCACCUUACCAAUGAAUCUUCAAAUUAGGUCGUUUGGGAUGUUGUUGCAAAUAAUAUUUUUGGUAAUUGUUCAGAAUCUUGAUUGAAAUAUAUCCUUUUUUAAAAAAAAAAAUAGUUGUGCUUCUGGAUUUGGACCUUCCAGAAAGGGAACCCUGCACUGUGUUAAAGCAUUUAGAAGCAAUCACGGUAAAAAAAUAAAACCAUUUACAUUUACAUAGUGCUGUACACUGUCUCAGGUUUCCUCAAAGGGCUUCACAAGUGUUUUUAAAGUGUAGCUACUGUUGAACUACAGGUGACGGUGAAGGAGAACUUUGUAGAAAUACCAGUAUGAUGACCAGAUAUUUUGUUUUGGGGUUGAAUGAAUGAUAAAUAUUGGCCAGGAAGC